AUGACAUUAUAUCUUCUCAUAAUUAGAGAUAUAAAAUUGAAAACAACAACAUUAGAAAGAGGAGCGCAUUAAAUAAAUCAUCAGAAAAAUAUAAUUGAAUUUUCAGUAAAAACUCGAACUGGAAGAACAAUAUAUUCAAAGAUGGCAAAUAAUAAAGUAAAUUUAAGCAUAUGA